AUCCGUAGAAGCAGUAGUGCCAUCGAUCCAGCAAAGGUGAAGACCAAAGAAGAAGAAGCCAAAACAGCGUAAUUUAUCAACAGAGAACAACAACAGCAAGGACGAAUUUCAACCACCAAAAUUUCAACCACCAAGGCUAUUAAGUUUAUUUCCUAAUCCUGGUUUUGAAUGGCGUUUUAUAAAAGUAGAUGGCCAAAAUAUAGCUGGUAUUUUUGGAAGAAGUAGUCCAAAAAAACCUGAAGAGACGGUGUUUAACUUUGCUCAAAGAUGCUUCUAUGAUAAUUUUGAUUUUAAAAAACUUAAAAUCAACAGCUUUGAAGAUUUACAACAGUUACCACAAAGAAAAGAAAAAAUGUUCUUAAACAGUAUCUACACGGAUGGAUAUACAUGUAGGGUCUCAUUCUGCAGGAAGGUUCACUCCAUAUCACCCAAUGAUAAAGUAUCCCUGAAGGUAGAUGAUUUCACUAGUGAAGAGGUUGAUCGUUAUUUUCGUCCUUGCACUGUCGAUCCAAAUAGGUCUGAUGUCUUUAUAUCCUAUCAUGGCAAAAACGAUUUGAGGCGUUUGUCGACUGCCGAUUAUUAUAACAUGAAUGGCACUGUCAACCGACAAAAGCUAGAGCAAGAUAGAAAGAAAAGGUUGGAUAUAGAGCAGAUUGAAACCCACUUUCACUCACCCAAAACUGCAAAACUCCAAUAUUAUACAGAAUAUGUUAUGUAUGCUCUUCAACAUUUUCGAGCGUUAGCAAAUUUUUACGGCUUUAACACUGCUAAAAUCAAAGGUGCAGCUACAAAGGCUCUCAACAAGCAAUUGAAAAUGCAGUCAACAUUCUCAUUAAUGGUGCAAAAAAAAAUAUAACAAAAGGAAAAGAAAGAACACCAAAAAGAAUAAGCGGAAGAGAUGCAAGACAUCAAGUAGUUAUCAAUACGUUCAUCAUGAUAAUUAUCCACCAAAUAC